UAUGUUUCUGUUCUUGGCCAUGAGAUUUUACGCAAAAUUCUUGAUACUGCGCAAACUCACGCCAGACGACUACACUACUAUAUGCGCCGUGAUAGGCACUUGUCUGUAUUACUUUGUAUGUGUAUAUGGCGUUACCAAGGACAAAAUUCGCGACGCACAUGUGGGACAUAUCGAUUGCGCACACCAUGAGCGACGAGUUCCUCAUUCCAUCUUUCUUCCUGAAUUGGCCAACAGCCCUAGUAUGGGCAUUCGCGAAGACCUCCUUCUUCCUCAUGUAUCUGGACCUCUUCAGUCCUGUGAAAUGGCUGCGCAUUGGUUGCUACGUUGGAAUAAUUGUCAAUUGGGGCUUUUACAUUGCAGUUAUUGCUGCCAGUCUCUACUAUAACGCACCAAGCCCCGGACAGACUUGGCUCGAAGGAUCCCAAAAUCCACGCUACGCAGGUUCAUUCAACAUGACUAUGCCCAUUGCCUCUGGAAGCUUGAUACUCGAUGUUUACAUUCUGCUUCUACCAGUCUGGGUUGUGUGGAACCUCCAUCUCAACCUAACUAGGCGGCUUGGAGUAAUCGCAAUAUUUGCAACUGGUCUUUUUUGCUGCGUUGCAUCGUCCCUCAGUAUUGUCUACAAACAUAAACUGAACGGUAAGCUUGGUGACUUCACUUGGUGGACAUAUCCCAUCCUCCUUAUGGCCUUGGUCGAGAUGUGUGUCGGAAUCUCCGCAAGUUGCAUGCCUGCUACGGCCGCAUUUUGGAGACACGUUUUCGGCCAAUCUUCCGAAAAUCCAACUGGUCGAUCUUUAUGGGCUUCGAGAAUCUUUAUGCCUAUCCGCAGUCUUGUUCGCAGCAAGGGAAGCUCACACUACUCCAAGAACUCGAGUGGUAGCAGUUGGGCCAGGCAGUCAUCACAUUUAUAAAAGCAGUCACGUCGAUGUUCAAGUUGAUAACGAGAGCACACGCCACCUGGCGCACGACCAUGAGAUGAUGGCUUUUGGUGGAAAUCAGUCAAAGCUAGUUUAGUACUUGUUUCUAGUGCAUUUGGAGAGAAUACAAACCCUUCUUGUCUCGUCCGACACAUAA